AUGGCCUUCCGCCGCGCCUACUCCAUCAAGGACAAGCUGCAGGCCAUCGAGCGGGUGAAGAAGGGCGAGCGGCAGGCCUCGGUGUGCCGGGACUUCGGGGUGCCCGGCGGCACGCUGCGCGGCUGGCUCAAGGACGAGCACAAGCUGCGCUGGUUCCUGGACCAGCUGGGCGGCGAGGUGGGCACCCAGCGCAAGAAGAUGCGCCUGGCCAACGAGGAGGAGAUCGACCGGGCCGUCUACACCUGGUUCCUCACCCUGCGGCAGCACGGCGUGCCGCUCUCCGGGCCCAUCAUCCAAGCCCAGGCCGAGGCCUUCGCCCGCCAGAUCUACGGGCCCGAGUGCACCUUCAAGGCCAGCCAUGGCUGGUUCUGGCGCUGGCAGAAACGGCACGGCAUCUCCAGCCAGCGCAUCUACGGUGAAGGUGGCGGAGGGGGGGACCCCGCUGCUCCGGGGACCCCGCCGCUCAAGGCGGAGCUGGAGCCCGGGGCCCCCUCUUCCGCCUUCCCGGACCCUUCGCUGCUCCUGCCCCUGCCGCCGCCUCCUCCAGCCGCUGCGGCUCCUUCGGACGGGGGAGGCUACGGGGACGAGCAGAUCUACAACGCCAAUGUAACCGGACUCUACUGGAAGCUGCUGCCGGGUCAGGCUGGGGAGCUGCGGGCCCAUUCCCCCCGCCUGCAGUCUCCCCCCCGUCGGAGGCUGGUGGUGAAGGAGUGCGUCACCGUGCUGCUGGCUGCCAACCUGACUGGCUCGCACAAGCUGAAACCGCUGGUGGUCGGGGGGCUCCCAGACCCACCCAGUCUCCGGCACCACAACCAGGACAAGUUCCCAGCCUGCUACCGCUACAGCCCCGAGGCCCGGCUCGGACUUGCCCUUCUCCGGGCCUGGUUCUUUGAAGAUUUUGUGCCAGGAGUCAAGCGUUAUCUGCGCCGCAGCUGCCUCCAGCAGAAGGCGGUGCUGCUUCUCAGCAGCCCCCCGCCACCCUCCGGAGCUGACCCAGAGGAGCCACCCCAGCUGCAGACCCCAGAUGGCUCCAUCCGAGCCCUCUUCCUCUCCAAGGCUGCGGCAGGGGGCAGCUCGGCUGGAGGGGGAGGCCGUAUCCCAGCCCCGCUGGAGCAAGGCGUGGUGUCCGCCUUCAAGCAGCUCUACAAGCGGGAGCUGCUGCGAUUGGCCGUGUCCUGCGUGGCCAGUGGGGGAGGCGGCCCGGCUGGGGGGCCCGGCCCAGCCGGUGGUGGGAGUGGCCCCCUGGACUUUGUGCGCUCUUUCCUGCUCAAGGACAUGCUAUACCUGGCUGGCCUCUCCUGGGACCUCAUCCCUGCUGGCUCCAUCGAGAAGUGCUGGCUGCUGGGGCUGCGUGCUGCUUUUGAGCCCCAGCCUGGGGAAGAGGAACAGGGGGAACCACUGGGUGGGGACAGCAAGGUCUUCAGCGAUCUCACCCACCUGGCUGCCCUGGCCUAUAAACGCCUAGCACCUGAGGAGGUGGCCGACUGGCUGCACCUGGACGAUGCGGCGCCAGGCAUGGAGGGGGAGGAUGGGGAAGGGGAUGGUGGGGAUGAAGGACCUGGAGGCUGUGGCGGGGAUGAGGAUGAGGAGGCAGCAGGGGAGGGAGGGGAUCCCCCACUGCCCACGGCCCGGGAAGCCAUCAGGGGCUUGGAGACAGCGCUACGCUGGCUGGAGAGCCAGGACCCCCGGCAGGUGGGACCACUCAAGUUGGUGCAGCUCCGCUCCCUCAUUAGUAUGGCCCAGCGGCUGCACCAAGGGGGUAGCUCAGACUCAUAG